GCAAUAGCGGCGUGGUUCAUCUAUACUAAUGGCGAGCGUAUCGAAUGUGUCUCUAUCUUUGAGUGCAGGUGAGGACACGUUCGAGCUGCAUGCGGUGCAGUUGGAGCUGGAGGCCGUGGAACGACAGAUCCGGACCCUUCUGGAGAAGCAGGCCGAGCUACGGGAGUGGCGAACCGCGCUGGAAACAUCCCGUGCUGACGCUCACCAAUCCUCGGUAAGUUUGCAGCGCGAUAUUAACAUUCCUGCUUCCUCUACGCCGUGUGCUUCUCUGCACAGGGCCCGAGCACCCAGAACGCGUUCAUCCCAGCCCUCGUUCACUCCGGCGCCGUCACACCAGGGACCUUGGGUUCUUCAGCAACGGAAGGCGCGAGCCAGGCCUCGGACCAGGACCUCUCCCCCUCCCCCGCCCCCGGUCUUCGAGGUCUCGACGAGGAACCGCUUCUCCCCUCUUCGCGAGGCAGAACGCGACGCCGUGGUCAUCGGAGACUCCAUCGUCCGUCACGUCCACGCUACAACAACCAAAGGUAAGGUGCGCAGUCACUGUUUUCCUGGUGCUCGUGUUCUCGAUGUCUCUGCGCAGGUUCCCGCGAUCCUGAAUGGCGCUGAGAGCAUCGGAGCUGUUGUUCUGCACGUGGGGGUGAACGACACCAGGCUGCGGCAGACGGAGGUACUGAAGCAGGACUUCAGGAGCCUGAUCGAGACGGUACGAGCCACAUCGCCCGCGACGAGGAUCAUCGUGUCCGGACCGCUUCCGACGUACCGACGUGGACAUGAAAGGUUCAGUAGAUUAUUUGCUUUAAAUGAAUGGUUAAUGUCUUGGUGUACUGAACAGAAGCUGCUCUUUAUAAAUAAUUGGAAUCUUUUCUGGGAGCGACCUAGGCUCUUCCGUGCUGAUGGCCUGCACCCCAGCAAAAUCGGAGCUGAUCUUCUGUCGGAGAACAUCUCCAAGACGCUUCGCACCGUAUGACUAGUGACUAGAGAGUACAUCAGUUUCAGUUUGGAUCCAGCCUCUUAAGAAGACCUUAGAUGACUAAAGCUUUGGAAGAGACGGCGCCAACUCCUGCGAUGACUUCAGAAGAUGCA